AUGCCGCGGUACACGAUACGGAGUCUACUCGUGUUGGGUUGUGCUUCUUUUGCUAUUUACCAAACAUCGGCUUCGAAGUAUGAGCCUGAUGGUCGCGAAAGUAUAAGAUCGACUCGACAAGCGCCCGAAAGAGGGCACAGGACGCGAGCGUCACCUGAACCAGCGAACCACAGAACCGGACAGGGAGCGAUCUUGUCUGCUUUGCUGAGCACUAGUACUGAGGGCACGUUAUCGAGUGCAACGAACAGUGUAGAAGGACUGCGUAUUGGUCUUACGAAUCAAACGGAGGCUGCUCUUGCCAGCGUUACGCCCGUGCUGCAGCCUGAUGCUGCGGAACUCGAGAACGCGUGCACUUUUCAAGCACCAGAGUUGAGCGCCUUGUCCGGAACGUCAAGUCUCAUGGAAGACCUGAGCACUGGAGCGGACUCAGUUGCCGGCACUGACAAUGACAGUGAUCGUUCAGAACAGAUGACGCGAAACAAAAUUAGAGACCGCUCGUGGUCGUUGUAUCGUCACCUGAUGGAUCCACCAGUUGCAUCGGAGGUAGGCGUUGCAACUCCCCGUUUGCGUCGCCGCAUUGGGCCGAAUCCGCAGGCAGUAGGAGUCAACCCCCUUGACUCAAGCGGCGAACGUAACGAAUGCAGGGCGAUGGCUCCGUCCUGA